AUGUUUAAGUCUUGUUUUUCUAGACAAUUCACGAACAGCAAGAGAACGCCAGAGGAGUGCAGAAAAAAGUAUAACAAUGCGAAACAAAGGACCAAAGAAAAAAUAGAUUUCCUUAAGAAAGAAUGUAGAAAGACAGGUGGCGGACAGGGGGCUGAAGUGGAACUCUCAGAGGCAGAGGAGGUACUCCUGCAGAGACAGGAUGGUAGGCCAAGCAUCUUUGGCCUAGAGGCAGGAUUUGACAGUGACAUUGUAGUUUUAACUACCGAUAACAAAGAGUGCGAGAAAAGUCAGGAUGUUGCUUCAGCACCACAGACUGAAACCUCAAAAGAUAAAGAAAGCAGAGGUACUACAUGUAGUAAAGUCAGCGAGAAGAAAAAGAUAGAUGAGAGAAAAGAAAACAUCUUGGAGGACUCGAAAAGAAUUCGACUAGAACAAAGGAAAUUAGAGUUAGAAAUGAUUAAGAUCGAGAAGGAAAUUAAAUUAAUUGAUACAAAACAGAGGUUUUAUGACAUGAAAUUGAGUUUAUCUGAGCCUUAAGGUCAAGAUCUAGUAAAUAA